UCCAAGUUUCUCAGUCACUGAAAAUCACGCAGCUAAAAUGGUGAAGCUGGCAUCGGCGCGAGAGGCCCGAAUGUACGGGCCGCGGCUGAGCCGGAACCGCGCCGAGUACAUAAACGCCGGGCUCUAUGUCUUCGCCACCGCGGUGCUGCUCGGCGGAUUUGUGGCUGAGCUGUCGAAGGAGCCAACUUCGGGUCUUGUUCUUUUGCUCAUAGGGUUUGCGCUGGUUUUUAUAGUGAAUUUGCACGAUCUGUUGGCCCAUCUGGCCGGGUUCGAUUACCGGGUGAGGUUGAUGGAGCUGGACUUGCAGCUUGCGGUCGUUGAGUUUGCGGUUCCAGUGGUGCAGGCUUUGGGGUCGCUUCUGUGGUUCUUGGCCAUUCUUUUCCUCUUCAUUCAGGCUGAGAAAGGAUAUGGCUACUACAAGCUUGAGAAACAUGCCAUGAAUAUGCUUGUUGCUGGCCCUGUUUUAUGGUUGCUUGGUUCAAUCCACAACUCGUGUCAAAUUUAUGAGAGAUCAGAUGGACACGUCCAGAUCUUGCAACAGAGUGUACAGAUUCCAUUUCUCAUUGCUAGUGUAUUGUUCAUAAUAGGCGCGGUUUUGAAUAUCCUUGAUCAAGGAGGAGUAGUAUAUCAUGGCCUGGAGCUAUUGGGUGGGACUUGGAUAUGGAUGGGCAUAUUCGGUAGCGUAUUGCUCCUUGUCGGAGGUUUGGCAAAUGUGGUGAAGGUGUUCAAGAUGCAACAAAUGGAUGACAGCGCCAUCCUAAGGCUCGAGAAGUUGAGGGGAGGGGCACAGGAGCGACUCGGUCACGAAAGGGAAGGGCAGGUUCCUCUUAUUCUAGAAGAUCAAAGGAGGAGAAAAAGACAACUAGCCCAGCAGCAGCAAGAACCAAGUAUCCAUAUUGCAGCACCACAGCCCACUCCUUAUAAAGAUGUUCUUGUUGGUCAAAGUUAAUUUGAUUAGUAGUUAAUGGUACGUUAUUCUUUUGAUCCAAAAGAACUCAGUUUCAAACAUGUCAUUCAGUACAUGCUGGUAUUGAUUAGCAACU